AUGCGUCGCAUUGGCAUAGUUCUCUUCGAUCUCCGAAGAGUUGAAUAUUCCCAUCAUAGGGUGGUGACUGAAAAUCGUUUGAGAAACAGUUGAAAUCGUUUAGGAUUUCCGAGUGUUUCUCCUUCUCUUGUCUCAGCUGUGUGAUCAAAAUAUAGAAAGCAAAGGUUUCUUUUCGUUGUGGCUAGGAAUAAGGUCACAGCGACGAAGAGCCGCUAAAACUGGAGCUGUGCAAGAUCUGGGGUGCAGGCGACAACAGCAGAAGCUCGAAGGUGUGGAGUGACGUCGGUCGAGCUGAGUUGGCUCAGCUUCUGCUGGGAUAGGACCCGGGUUCUCCUCCUCGUACGACGGCCCUUGUUUUUCAGACCCUCUCCUUUUUACAGCGUCUCUCACCUCGGCACGAGAAGCUAUGCUGCCGUAUCGAUUCAUGCGAGUUGCGUCCCACUGAAGCUCCACCUCACGCUCGCGCUCUCUUCUGUUCAUCUCGCUGCCUUUUUUUUUUUGCUAUUCCUGGCUUCUCGUUGAGUUGGUCUUCACAUCUUGUUUUUGCUUCGAAAUGCCGCUUUUUUCUCUUCUAGAGCUUUUCCGAACUCAUUUUCCUGCAUCUUCGUUUUUAUACUUUUGAGCAGGUCAUUUUUCUGGAAGGUUUUGGAGAGUGGAAAGAAAAGUGACACUCAAACGGGUCUGGAGCUUUUCAAAGAGGAGAAAAGAAAAGUCUGAAUAUUAAUUCAUGUUGAACUUCUUUUAUACAUGAAUUAAAACCAGAAUUAUGCAAAAUUAUAUAAUUUUAGUAUUUAAAUCCCUUCAGGUGCAAUUAUAUCCAUCUAUGCUAUGUCUUCUUAAAAUCAUUUUUUUCAGCUUUUUGUUUUCAUAUUAUAAAAAAAGUUUUUAGCCCGAUUUUUUUCUCACAUCGACAUAUGAGAAAGCGAUAAAUUUAUUCAAACAAUACUUUUUGAAAUUUUACAAGUUAUUUCAGGAAACCGAAAACCAUGGCAAGGAAUUCUACUUUUCGGUCCUCCCGGAACAGGAAAAUCCUACAUCGCGAAAGCCGUGGCGACAGAGGCCGACAACUCGACUUUUUUCUCGGUUUCUUCAUCCGACCUCAUGUCCAAAUGGCUUGGAGAAUCGGAAAAGUGCGUUCAUUCAUUUUUCGCUUUUCUUAACUUUUUAAUUAAUAGGUUGGUGAAGAAUCUUUUCGCGUUGGCUCGUGAACACAAACCAUCGAUCAUAUUCAUUGACGAAGUUCGUUGCUUUUAAAUCAUAUUUACAGGUUUUAAAGUUAGUUCAAGUUUUAAGAAGGAAAAUGAGAUAUGGGCCAAGGGGAGCAUCGCUUUAGGAAUAUUUUAUUCAUUACUGUCGCAUUCAGUAGCGGUUUUUCAGUGUCGAUAUCAAAAAAACUUCGAGACUUCUCCGAUAAGAAAUGUCGACGAAAAGGAGGUGAAAAAGUAGAUCAAGUUCUCGCUAGAUAUUCUUAUGAUAUCCUGGAAGACCUAGAUUGAAUGAAAUACAGAAAACUAUGUCACUAAAGUAGGAAAACAUGCUCUGGAAAGAAUGAAAAGCAAUUUGAACCGCGGAAAAUGUGUUUCUUUUUGCAGAUUGAUUCUUUGUGCUCUUCGCGGUCAGACAACGAAAGUGAGAGCGCGAGAAGGAUCAAGACCGAGUUCAUGGUGCAGAUGCAGGGCGUCGGCCUCAACAACGACGGCAUCCUCGUCCUGGGCGCCACCAAUAUCCCUUGGAUCCUCGAUUCUGCUAUUCGCAGGUAUUUUCCACUGAAAUUAAUCGAAAUGAAAGGCUUUACAUCCAUUAAGACUAACCAUCAUAUUUACGUCUUUGAUUGUCACCGCGAAAAUGUCCUUUGAGUUGUUUAUUUCCCAAAAAGUUCACCUUUACCCCUUUUUGAACUUCACUUCUGAAUUAUUUUAAAAAGCAGAGAAGGAAUUUGUAUCGAUGGAAUUCGGGAUCUUGGAAAUCGUAAAAAACUUAAUUCAAAAGGUUGAAUGCGGUUUUUUUUUUCUUUUCUUUUUCUAGAUAUUACAAAAACCAAACUUGCUCAGUGAGAAAAAAAAGUCUUGAAAUGUUUUGUGUACAGAAAAAAGCACAAAUGGAAUCAUAAAGUCUAAAAAGAGAAAAAAACGUAAAGAGUUCCCCUCAUGAUACGUUUUUCUCAUGAGAACAAGUUGAUAAGUUGGCCCAAAGCUAUUGGUUAUUGAUUUAUCAUCAAAUUUAUCACAUCCAGUCGAUAAGGUCUGGCUUUUCAUUAUUUGAAAGUAAAAUUCUUAUUAAUAGAGGUAUAUAAAUUCUGAAAAAUUUUUUUUCCAAACAUUGCAAAACGAAUUCUCAAUGAAUAUCCGAACACUUUCCAGACGUUUUGAGAAGCGCAUCUACAUCCCGCUGCCUGACAUGAACGCGAGGAAAGAAAUGUUCCGGAUCGACGUCGGCAAAAAUUCGAAUAAUCUCAGCGAUCAGGACUAUAGGGUUGCUUGAUCUCUCCCUGUUAUUCAAGUUGUCUUCUCUUUUGCAGGUCCUCGCGCAAAAGACGGAAGGAUAUUCGGGAUACGAUAUCAAUAUUUUGGUGAAAGACGCCUUGAUGCAACCCAUUCGUAGAGUCCAAUCAGCGACACACUUCAAGUAUUUUUUCUUCAACUUGAAAUCUUUUUCAUUUGGACUUUUCAGUAAAUGAGAGCGUUUUUUUUUCAAAAACUGUGAAAAUGUUUAGUGGCCACUAUAGGGUUUUGACGUUUUAUUGGCCACUAUAGUAGUCAAAUUAGUCAUCACUGAAGGGGUUAAAAACUAGUGGCCACUAAGAGGUCUAAGUGCUACUACUAGACCACUAAUUUUUUUAGUGGCCACUUUAGGGGUCAAUGGAUCAACAUAACUGGUUCAAUCUGUUUGUUUUAAAAUUAUCAGAGUAUCGGAAGGAAUACUGAAGUAGUCACUAAAUAGAGAACCUCCAUAGUGGCCACUAAAAAUUUUCUCAGAAAAAGUUCUUUUGUUAUAGAAACUUCCAGGUGUGACCAAUUUGAUUCAGACACGUUUCCGCGCCUUCUCGGAAAGACCCGUCGUUGAUCGUUCGGGACAUGCUGACGCCUUGCAGUCCAGGCGACGCCGGAGCCAUCGCCAUGAGCUGGCUGGACGUCCCCGGCGAAAAGCUCGCAGAACCGAUCCUUUCUAUGGUUCGUUUUCUAGAAGAAUGGAACCAGCAUCUUUUUAUGCUUUUGAAUAUAAUUUUUCUUGCAAGGAAUCUUCAUUUGUUAUUUGAACUUUUCAAACGAAAAAAUUGAGUGUUUUAUUUUUGGUGAGAGGCAAUCACGGAUCAUUCUUGCAGCAAGACAUGAUCAGGUCGUUAACAACAGUGAAGCCGACAGUGAAUGGCGCGGAUCUCCAACGACUCGAGCAAUUCAAAAACGACUUCGGGCAGGAUGGCCAAGAAUAA